AUGGCCCCAGGGAAUCUCUCGCAGGUGACAGAAUUCAUUCUCAUGGGCAUCUCACAAUAUCCGGAGCUCCAGAUUCCACUCUUCUUUGUUUUCCUGGUCAUCUAUGGGCUGACCUUGGCUGGGAACCUGAGCAUCAUCACCCUCACCAGCGUGGACUCUCGACUUCAGACCCCCAUGUACUUUUUCCUCCGGCACUUGGCUGUCAUCAACCUUGGCAACUCUACUGUCAUUGCCCCUAAAAUGCUGGUUAAUUUCUUGGUUUCAAAGAAAAGUAUAUCCUACUAUGGAUGUGCAGUGCAAAUGGGUGGAUUCAUAGGUUUUACUGCUGCUGAGAUUUUAAUGCUGGCUGCAAUGGCCUAUGAUCGCUACGUGGCUAUUUGUAGUCCCCUGCUCUACCUGGUGAUAGUGUCUCCACAGAUCUGCCUUUUGCUGGCGUCCCUUGCAUACUUCUUCAGUCUGACCACAGCACUGACUGUCUCCUCCUGUGUGUUCUCUAUGUCCUAUUGCUCUUCCAACAUAAUCAACCACUUUUACUGUGAUAAUAUCCCCUUAUUAGAAUUGUCGUGUUCUGAUACCUAUAUUCCAGAAACUGCUGUGUUUACCUUUUCAGGAAUUAAUUUGAUUUUCUCUAUGAUUGUUGUUUUAAUAUCCUACUUUAACAUCAUCCUUGCCAUCUUGAGGAUACGUUCCUCAGAGGGGCGACAAAAAGCCUUUUCCACUUGCGCUUCUCACAUGAUGGUUGUCACUAUCUUCUAUGGGACCCUUCUCUUCAUGUAUUUGCAACCAAGGACCAAUCACUCGUUAGAUACGGAUAAAAUGGCCUCAGUCUUCUACACCCUCGUGAUACCAAUGCUGAAUCCCCUUAUUUACAGCCUACGGAACAAGGAUGUGAAGGAGGCAUUGAAGAGGUACUGGGAUAACCCAUGCCAGUCAUUCAAACUAAUGUAA